CCGUGCUGGAUGAUAAACGCACACUGGGUGGCAGCGCCCCCGUGAUGCGCCGUUGGGGCGCACUGUUGACCGGCAUUCAAUGACAUAACUAUAGGGCUCGCUAAAACGGCGUGCCUUGGAGGAGCUGCCGAGAGCCCAGCUUCCGGAUUGUAUAAAGCCAUUCGUAGCCGGCCCUCCAAACUUCAUCAUGUAGUCUCCAUGGCCAGGAAUAACGAUUCCUAUCGAAUACUUACACACUCCUCACAUCUCUCAAUCACACACACAAUGGAUCCCUUGGAAACACACGCUUGGAGGAAGUUGAGUAUCGGCGUUGUUGGUGGUGGCAUUGGCGGCAUGUCUGUGGCUGUUUCCCUCCGUCGCGCUGGACAUCAAGUUACUGUGUAUGAAAAGCGAGACUUUGCUGGUGAAGUCGGUGCCUCGGUGUCAUGCGCUGCCAAUGGUGCUCGUUGGCUCCGCGAAUGGGGCAUCGAUGAAGCAAAGGGCGACCCAGUCGUCUUGAAAAAGCUGAUUUGCCGCGAUUGGAAGACAGGCGAGCCAGUAAGCGUGUAUGACAUGAAGGGCUACAAAGAACGCUGGGGCGAUGAGUAUUUCAUGUUCCAUCGCCAGGACAUGCACGCUAUGAUCAAGGAGUACGCAUUUGGUGAGGCCGGCGAGGGUCCGCCCGCCGUACUCAUGGUCAACCAUCCUUGCGAUGGUGCCGAUGCCGAAAGCGGGACGAUCACAUUUCGCGACGGAACGACUGUUACGCACGAUAUAAUUAUAGGUGCGGAUGGUAUCGGCUCCGUUAUCCGUGGUGAAAUUGGUAUUCAUCCAGAAAAGCGUCCAGCAGCAUCCUCGUGCUUACACGCCAAUGUCCUUACCGAAGAUGCCGUCCGUCUUGGUCUGGUUGACUAUUCCCAAGAUUCUGCGUUGCAGUAUUGGGGCGGCCAAGAAGACAAAUGGGACAAGAUUGUCCUAUCACCUUGUAAUGGUGGCAAGCUGCUCUCAUACUAUUGCUUCUUUCCACGGGACAUUGGUGAUUAUACAACGCAAACAUGGGGUAGUGAAGGACGUCCUGUUGAAGAGCUUCUCGCACCAUUCCCAGAGCUCGAUCCGCAAGUCAAGGCACAUUUAGCCAUUGGUAAAGAGAUUCAGCCAUGGAGACUAUGGGUUCAUGAUCCGUACCCGUACCUCUCUAAAGGAUCAGUCUGUUUGCUUGGCGAUGCAGGACAUCCUAUGAUGCCUCAUCAAAGUCAAGGUGCUUGUAUGGCUAUUGAAGAUGCUGCAGCGCUGGGAAUCAUAUUUAGCGAAAAGCACUUCAACGGCGAUAUCGACGAGGCGCUGGCAGUAUACCAAGAAGUGCGACUGCCUCGUGUUACACGUGUGCAAAGUGCUGCUGCGAAAGCUGCGUACAAUAUCAAUGAGCGCAUUGGAUUCUCGGCGAAUACAGGCACUGCCACCUACCGCGUGGAAGACGAGAGAAAGAAGCUGACCAUUGAGGAGAUGAAUGCAUACAAUAUGCACGAAGAUAUUGCCGAAAGCUUUGCCAAGAAGCGCGGUGAAUCAUUCCGAGGAGAUCAUAUCAAUGGGUUACCGAUUGGUCUGAGACUUCCCAACGGAGUAACCAUUGGAGAGAGCCCAGACGAUAGCUCUAGACCUCGUAUAUAA